UAGAAAAAGCUGACUACCAUGUGGAUCGGGAGUAGGAAUGUGAACGUGACCGUGACCAUGAUCGUGAGCAGAGGGACCACCGUGAUGGAGAAAGAGGCCAUCACCAUCGCCACCACCGGUCAGAAUCCUCUUCCCCGGAUGUCAUCUGAACCAGUCACCAAAACUUCCUCAACUGCACUAUCAUCCGCCGUAGCUAGAGACCGCAAGCAGGAGGCCAGUGUUUUCUCCAGCAUAAGCUUCCCCGCUGAGGCAGAAAUGACCAAGAAGAGGAAGAUAUCUGCUUUUCCCACCACUAAAGCUGCUUCAGCUGGUCCCCCUGCCACAUCUUCAGCCCAUCUCAAGGCAGCAUCGAAAGGCUACUAUGAAGGCAGAGCAGCACGAUUUCUGAAUAUGAGUCCAGUGAUGAUGAGCGGCAUUUCAAACUGAGGCCGCCAUCAAGGCACAAGUUGUCUACCUAGACUAUAAAGCAGUUCUUCAUUCUCUGCUUAGGCCCAUGGAUAACUUACUUAAAUAAGUUGUUUUGAGAAAAGAGUUUAAAAUAUAAAGAUUUUUAUUAAUAACAGUUUAUAAAUAAGUUAUUUUGUAUUUGGACUUU